CUAUGGGAUUCCACAUUGUCAGCUCUGCGAAGCCCAGAGGACAGGAUGAAUUGGUCCUCGCUCCAGGAGCUCCUAAGCGGGGUGAACAAGUACUCCACGGCCUUCGGGCGCAUCUGGCUCUCCAUGGUCUUUGUCUUCCGCUUCCUGGUCUACGUGGUGGCGGCAGAGCAGGUGUGGAGCGACGAGCAGAGGGACUUUGAGUGCAACACGCGCCAGCCCGGCUGCUCCAACGUCUGCUACGACCGCAUCUUCCCCGUCUCCCACAUCCGCCUCUGGGCCCUGCAGCUCAUCCUGGUCACCUGCCCCUCCCUGCUGGUGGUCAUGCACGUGGCCUACCGGGUGGCCAAGCAGAGGAAGCACCAGGAGGCGGAGGGAGGGAACAGCCGCCGGCUCUACCCCAACCCUGGCAAGAAGCGGGGAGGUCUGUGGUGGACCUACCUGCUCAGCCUGGUCUUCAAAGUCACCGUGGACGCGACUUUCCUCUACAUCUUCCACCGGCUCUACGCCAGUUUCAGCCUGCCCCGCGUGGUGCGGUGCGCCGAGGCCCCCUGCCCCAACACGGUUGACUGCUUCAUCGCCAGGCCCACCGAGAAAAGACUUUUCACCUACUUCAUGGUGGCCACCACUGCCUUGUGCAUCCUUCUCAGUCUCUGCGAGAUGGCCUACCUGGUCACCAAACGCUGCUGGGAACUUGCCACUCGGCGCCAGGGCAGGAAGCGUGGGAGCAAACCUGCAGGCUGUUAUCACUGCACGCAACAGAGCCGGGUUCUUAGUGCACCAUCCUCAGGGCAGGCUCCACGUGGGUCUGUCCCUUUAGAUAGUGGGGAGGGUGCUGGUGAAGAGAGAGGAGGCUCACACGUUCUCUCUCUGCACUCAGGGUCUCCGGCACAGGCUCCAUCCAACAGUGCAAACUGCUCACCAGCUUACAGCCUGACUGAUGAAGUAAUCAAAGGCUGA